AUGCCCAAGGCAGACACAGACCCCAGCAAAGAGGGCCCCGUCAAGGCAGCCUGUCUCAGCUGCAGGCAGAAAAAACAAAAGUGCGACGGAAAACUCCCCAUCUGCACCCAGUGCACCAACAAGCACACCGAGUGCCAGUACGUCAAGUCGCGCCGUGGUGGUGCUCGACCGCGGAGGAAACAACCUCCCAAACCCCUCAACGACUACCUGCAGCGCCUCGACAACCUCGUCUUUGCCCCCGCCCUACACGACUUUAAGCAUGUCGUCAUCCCAGACACCGAGGCCUCCCAGGACCGCGUACUGCACUAUGGUACACCACGUCUCAUCACACUGAGGCCGCCAUCUAGUCUCGAGAAACACUACCAGGAAAUACAUCCCUAUAUCCCCGUGAUGCCCCCGCGAAAAUAUCUUUCCCAGCUCGAAUCCGCUCUCCUGCCCCAAUCUCCCUUCCUCCUUGCGGCCCAGACAAUCCUCGCACUUGUUCCCCAUCCCAACGACCCCGAUCCCUCGUCUCCCAUCUCCAAGCAGCUGCGAGAGGGCGCGUCUGCGGCCUACUCUCAGCAGUGCCUGCAACUCAUCGAUGCGAUGGCGGCCUCUGGGCAGCAGCAUAUCGAAUGCGUCCAGGCGCUCAUCAUGCUUGGUGUCUGGGAAUGGAGUAGCUCUGGGAGUGUCGAACGCAGCCGGGCGAGGCACAAGCAAGCUAUCGACAUGGCUUUUGUACUGAGACUCCACGAGACGGACCGGGAGUCUUAUGGCUACGUCGCCCCAGACGACUUUAGCUGGGAAAAGGAUCGUGCGAGGAGGACGUGGUGGGGCUUGUACAACUCGCAGAUCAUCGCGUCUGUCGUCACUGGGAAUAUCCCGCUGCUAAACCUAGACGAAGAGUACUAUGUGCACUUUCCAAUCGUGGACUCGCAAGUCUUUUCUUGGGCCAUCUACAAUGGGAUCCUGCGUAAAUGCGCCAAGAUUUUCACCGUCAUCUGCUCCUUGUACAUGCCCGAGCUCUCACCGACCGGAGUCUCCCCCGAAAACAGUGAAGCGCUCAAGCAAAAACUGGUCAAGUCGGAGGCGGAGCUUCGAAACGGCCUCCAGCAAGCCGAGCUCACCGAGAUGGUCGAGUGCCGGUCGGGUGAAGAGGAAGAAGCCCUCAGAAACUUGCAGCUGUCCGCUAGACUCGCUUUGGCCGUCAUUCUCAUCCACAUUCACCGACACCAAGCUUUCCCCGAAGUCUCCAUCUUUAGUCGACAGGUGUGUGGCUUGCCAUCCUUCAACGACACUCCUGCAGCCACGCAAGAAAAGCCUGCUGCCAUGCCCGGUACCUGGCCCGGCGCGAUGGACACCUCAUACUCUGACCAAGACCAGAUGCAGACGGGUUUCACAUCUGGGUCAGUGUACGACCCCGAAGUGUCGCAUGCCCACAUAUCGCCUUACCAUUCCCCGCCGUGGUCGGCUGGUAGCCUGGCGCAAACGACGCUUUUCAUGCCAUUGGACCAGACGCCGAGCUUUGGUCCGUCGCCUCCGCCGCUGGUGGGGACUGGAGAGAGGAGCGUAUCGGGAGCGAGUGUGGCGUCUUCCGUGCUCCCUUCUCCGCUUCAGCAGCAUGAAUCUCCUCGGCCGCCCCAGCUGGAUAUAUUCCCUCCCGGUACCAGUCUUGUCCAGUGUGCUACCGCCGCCCAGACUAUCGUCCGUCUCGAGACAUAUCAUCGCGAAACGAUGAAGGCGCUCUGGAACGGCCAAUCCCCGAAAUGGAUGCCCUACUGCGCCUGCGGUCUGGUCACGGGUGCAUACGCCUUCCUCCUCCUCGCUCUCGCUGCUCAAGCCGAAUCUGAAUUCUCCGACGAGCAGAACGCCCAAGUCCAAGGGUUGCUAGAACACGUCAAGACGUUGUUGGCAGGGCUCGAUUAUUAUGGGAUCAUGUGGUCAGGAAUCAAGGCUAUGGCUGACGAUGUGAGGGCUUCGUUGGAAGCAGCUCAGGGGCUAUGUGCGAGUAUGGAGGCGGAAGACAUCAAUGAUCCGAUGGCCAUCAGCCUCCAGUAA